UAUUAUGUGCUUGGGGUUCUGUUUCUGUGAUCAUUGAUCUGAUAUCUAAUUGUUUUGUCUUAAAAUUACAUUUGCUUUAGUCAUAAUAAUUUGUUGAAUUUUUGAAAUGUUAGCAUGAUAACAAGUUGUGUUCAUACCUGUGUUCAUGAGUUCUACCCCUUUGCCGCUGUGUGCACCGAAAAGCUAUGCAGCAGGGUUGGUGUUUGUAAGGACAAUGUGUGGUGAAGUUUCUUUAAGAUGGAAAACAGGGGAACUAUAAAUUGUAGGGUUAUACAUACUUUUUUGUUGAGCUUGCAAUUGUUUUCUUUGUUGUAUAAUUUGACUUUUCAAAUGGCUCAAAACAAGACGCGGGCUGAUAUUUUUGAGCGAUUUAUUUGGAUUACUGUUAAUGUGUAGUUUUAUGAGCUUUCUUAGGGUACCAUUAAGAGCUUUUCAGCUAAUCUUACGAGAUCCUUCACUGGAAAGUUUGAAUAACAAUAUGAUGUCUAGGCACUUAUUGUUAUACUUGUUCAACUGGAUUUGUUGCAUAUGUCGGAAAACCAAGAGCAAUUUCCAUAUUUGAAGUCAUGAAUACUUAUCUCUCCAGUGUAUUCCGUGGAAGCACUACUGAUGUUCAUUUACCUACUAUGUCAGACAUAGUUUCCCUGUGGGGCAUGGAUUGGUUUCCUUGAGUUGAGGCUUCAAAUCAGCAAGGUGGUUGAACUGGGAGCUGGCAACCAUUGUUUCAUCCAAUGGCUUCAGUUAGCGUGCCACCUACAGCUGGGUUCAAAGAACCUAGCAGUAAUACUGCAGGUAUUGAUAGGCUGCCUGAGGAAAUGAACGAAAUGAAAAUUAAGGAUGAUAAUGAAAUUGACGCAACUGUGGUUGAUGGAACUGGCACGGAAACAGGUCAUAUAAUUGUGACAACCAUUGGUGGAAGAAAUGGUCAACCAAAGCAGACCAUAAGCUAUAUGGCAGAGCGGGUUGUUGGGCAUGGAUCAUUUGGAAUUGUUUUUCAGGCCAAAUGCUUAGAAACAGGUGAAACUGUAGCUAUUAAGAAGGUCCUUCAAGAUAAGAGGUACAAAAACCGUGAACUGCAAACCAUGCGUCUUCUAGAUCACCCAAAUGUUGUUUCUUUGAAACACUGUUUCUUUUCAACGACCGAGAAGGAUGAGCUUUAUCUGAACUUGGUACUUGAGUAUGUCCCUGAGACUGUUCACCGCGUCAUCAAACACUAUAACAAGAUGAACCAACGAAUGCCGGUGAUAUAUGUGAAACUUUAUACUUACCAGAUUUGUAGGGCAUUGGCUUAUAUUCAUGGUGGUAUUGGGGUCUGCCACAGAGAUAUUAAACCUCAGAAUCUUUUGGUCAAUCCACAUACUCAUCAGUUAAAAAUAUGUGAUUUUGGAAGUGCUAAAGUCUUGGUUAAAGGAGAGCCAAACAUAUCAUACAUCUGUUCAAGGUAUUACAGGGCUCCUGAGCUUAUAUUUGGAGCCACCGAGUAUACUACAGCUAUUGACAUUUGGUCCGCUGGUUGUGUUCUUGCUGAGCUACUGCUUGGACAGCCCCUGUUUCCUGGUGAAAGUGGAGUGGACCAGCUUGUUGAAAUAAUCAAGGUUUUGGGUACCCCAACUAGGGAGGAAAUUAAGUGCAUGAAUCCCAACUACACGGAGUUUAAAUUUCCACAGAUUAAGGCUCACCCUUGGCAUAAGAUACUCCACAAGCGCACACCACCAGAAGCUGUGGAUCUGGUGUCAAGACUUCUGCAGUACUCCCCAAACCUACGAUGCACAGCUUUGGAAGCUUUGAUCCAUCCAUUUUUUGACGAGCUAAGAGACCCAAACACUCGCCUGCCAAAUGGACGUUUAUUACCCCCACUCUUCAAUUUCAAACCCCAUGAACUGAAAGGAGUGCCAGCUGAGAUUGUAGGGAAGUUGAUCCCGGAGCACUCAAGAAAGCAGUUUGCUGCUUUCUUGGCCAGUCAUUCUUAACUACUUCAUUUACUCCUCUUCUUUCUCUUCACUAGAAAGUGUGUAGGUGACCGCUCUGUUUACCAGUGAAAUCAUUCACAUUCAUUGCAGCCCAUGGAAAUUCUCAGUUCUCUUAUCUUAGAUUUUCCCUUUGGUUGUUCCUUGUUCUCUUAUUUUCCGGAAGCAGAUAAUAAGAAAAUUCUUCUGUUAAAAUGGUUUUAUGAACCUUGGGUGGGCGCUACUGGCUACCCUUGCCCUUAAAUGACAAAAUUGUAAAAUUUUAGAGGUCUAAUUGGCUCCUUGUUACGCCCCUUCAGUUUGGGAUUCUA